CUUGCGAAUGGCAAGUAGGACGCAGGCAGAGAGCUAACCAGUCAACUCUACUAUUUGUGUUUGUCUUUUAGUGUGCGCCACCUCUCGGCGACACGGAGCAAGGAAACCCUGAGAAUAUGGCCGACUUGUCGUGUCUGCUGCUAUCGUUGCUGUUACUCUUCGUGAUUAUAGCCAUUGGUAAUUGUGAACUGACAUCUGAGCAAUGUAAAGAGUUAGGUUUCUCUUCAAACCUCUUCUGCAGUUCAUGCAAUGAACUUGAUCAGUUCCAGUUAAGUGAACUCAAAGACAACUGUGCUAUGUGUUGCCAGAAAGAUGAGUCUGAUCAAGCCAAUAAGAUGUACCAUGGUGCUGUAUUGGAAGUGUGUAGCUGAAAGAUAGGAAGAUUUCCUCAAAUACAAGCAUUCAUAAAGAGUGACAGGCCCAAACAAUUUUCAAAUUUAAAAAUAAAGUACAAGAAAGGACAAGAUCCAAUCUUGAAGUUUACAAAUGAGAAUAACGAAAUAGAAGAGACAUUAAGUAUUAAUAAAUGGAAUACAGACACAGUUGAAGAGUUUUUGAAUGAAAGACUUCGCAAAUAGUUUUAUUAUUGUCAUAUUCAUGUGGUUGUCUUGCACAAUCAUACUAAAAGCCUCCAAUUUUGGUUGAUCAAUACAACUUCCUGAAAGUCUUUUGAUUUUUUUGAUUUACUGCUUAUACUAUUGUCAGUGGUUUGCCCUAUGGUAAUAAGUGUGUUUGGGCAAUAGAAUUUGUUUUCACGGAGAACUGUUCACUUUUUACUCAUGGAACUGUAUUGAUCAACUUUUAGGAGAAAGUAAACACACACUACUCACUGCAUUGGUAGGGUUGAUGGACAAAUAUGAUGCAGAUUACAGCAUGUAUGGUAAAGAACUGUUCCUGAGAAAAUGGUCACAAAUUUAUUGUUUUUAUUUUAGCCCUUGGUAAUUUAUGCAAGUUGUGUGAUUUUAAUCACGAAAACCACCAUCUCCUGAUUCGUUUCAUUUGCAACAUUGGAAUCUGAUUUUUUUUACUCAUAAAACUUUCAUACAUUUUUCAACACUCAACACCAGUCAUGAAAAAAGAUGUGUUCAGUACUAAGGUCAAAAGGUCAAAACAAAACCGCUUUAAGUGCUUGCUGUAAUCAAUAUUUGUCCAUCAUUCUAGACAGGUUUUGUUCAAGAUGUUAGCAUUUAGUUUCACUUCACAUGAACUUCAAUAUUUACUGUUUACCAUCUCAAUCAUGUUUUGUUUUUUCGAAAAAAGUAAAAAUAUAUUCUUUUUUUUCAGAUUGUGAAAAAACUGUUAUUGAUAAUCUUAUAACUUUUAAAAAUACUGAUGUCAGUUAUUUUUGGGUGAUCUGAAUCGUGCUACUGUCAUUAUCCUAUGGGCCUUGGAGACAUUUCAGUAACAUUGUUUCAUUGAUAUCCUCUGUACAGCUGUCACGACAACUGUUGCUAGGCACAUAGAUGAGAAAUUUACAACAAACCGUAAAGGCAUGUAGAUUUUGAUGACAUGGUGCCAAGCAACUGCUCAACGCAGUUGAUACCUCUUGUGAAAUAAUCAGCUUUCCAAUUUUAUAGUUAAUUUAAUGUACCAUUCAUGGGACAAUUUCUCUUAACAAGGAACAUAUCCAUCUUAUUUGCAUGCAUAUAUCUGUGGCUAAACUAUUAUGAGAUCAUCUCCUAAGAAAUCAGUUUGUAAUUAAAAAAGCAUACAUAACUCCAAUAAAUGGUUCACCACCACGUUCCACUAAAA